AUGGUUACACAACAAGAAAAGGAAUUUUUAGAAUCCUACCCACAAAAUUGUCCCUCAAAUGCCCUACCAGGUACUCCAGGUAAUUUAAAUAGUGCCCAAGAGAAGGCCUUAGGAGAGCUCAGAAAGAUUCUAGAAGACGCUGGUUUCGUUGAACGUUUAGAUGAUUCGACCUUAUUACGUUUUCUAAGAGCCAGAAAGUUUGACGUUCAAUUGGCUAAGGAAAUGUUUGAAAACUGUGAAAAAUGGAGGAAGGAUUACGGUACAGACACUAUCUUACAAGAUUUUCACUACGAAGAAAAGCCAUUGAUUGCCAAGUUUUACCCACAAUACUACCACAAGACAGACAAAGAUGGCCGUCCAGUAUAUUUUGAAGAGUUAGGUGCUGUUAACUUGCAUGAAAUGAAUAAGGUUACAUCUGAAGAGCGCAUGCUGAAGAACUUGGUGUGGGAAUACGAAUCUGUUGUCAAUUUCAGAUUACCUGCUUGUUCAAGAGCUGCUGGCCACCUGGUAGAGACUUCAUGUACGAUUAUGGAUUUGAAAGGUAUCUCUAUUUCUAGUGCAUACAGCGUCAUGUCAUACGUCAGGGAAGCCUCCUACAUCAGUCAAAACUAUUACCCAGAACGUAUGGGUAAGUUUUACAUUAUUAAUGCUCCAUUUGGUUUCUCUACCGCAUUUAGAUUAUUUAAGCCUUUCUUGGAUCCUGUUACCGUUUCAAAGAUCUUUAUUUUAAGCUCAUCUUACCAAAAGGAAUUAUUAAAGCAGAUUCCAGCCGAAAACUUGCCUGUCAAAUUUGGUGGUAAGUCCGAAGUUGAUGAGUCCACGGGUGGGUUAUACUUAUCCGAUAUCGGUCCAUGGAGAGAUCCAAAAUACAUUGGACCAGAAGGUGAAGCUCCGGAAGCGUUUUCGUUGAAAUGA